AUGGUGAGAAACCAUAUUCAACAGUAUCAUCUGUCAUUCAUAGCUCUAAUUGAAACCAAAAUUAAGGAAUCAUUACUGGAUGCCACUGCAAAAAAGAUUGCAAAAAAUUGGAAAUGGUUGUCAACUGUGAUCAAAAUUUCAGAUCAGCAUAUUACUUGCUAUAUGAAAUCAUUGGAUGGUAGACUUAGCUGCAUUGCUUCAACAGUCUAUGGUUUUAACAGACAGGAAGCUAGAAAAGAGCUAUGGGAAGAUCUUAAACAGAUAUCCCAAAAAAUUAGGAAUGUUCCUUGUAUAAUAUGUAGAGAUUUUAAUCGCUUACUGAGCAAUGAAGAAAAGCUUGGUGGUAUAAAUCUAACAGAGGCUGAUACAAAAGAUUUCAAGAAUUUUAUUGAGGAUUGCAAUCUCAGACACUUAAAAACUCAGGGAUGUUUUUAUACUUGGAAUAACAAACAAGAUGCAAAUUCAAGGAUCUGGUGUAGGUUGGACAGGGCUUUGAUAAAUGAUGCAUGGAUUGAUGAAUACAUUUCUAGUCAUGUGGAAUUCAUGCUCCCCAAUCUAUCUGAUCAUUCUCCAGCCAUUGUUUCUGUUUAUGAUGACUUGAAACAGGGAAAGAAGCCUUUCAAAUUCUUCAAAAUGUGGACCAAGCAUGAAAAUUACAUACCCACUGUUUCAAAAAUUUGGCACACUCCUGUCCAAGGCUAUACUAUGUACUCAGUUUAUGCAAAGCUCAAAAUGCUGAAGAAGGAGUUAAUAGAUCUGAACAAGAAACAUUUUCACAACAUUAGUGAGCAAGUGCAAAGAGCAAAAUUUGCUUUAGAAGAUGCUCAGAGAAUUCUACACUCUGACCCUCUCAAUUCUGAAUUUAUUGCUCAUGAGAAAAAAUGUAUCCUCACAUACAAUAAGCUCCUUGAUUGUGAACUGUCUUUUUACAAGCAGAAGGCCAGGAUUAACUGGAAUGUGCAUGGUGAUAGAAUUUCUAAGCUGUUUCAUUCUAUAGCUAAGUAUAAAAGACAUAAUAACAGAAUUUUGGCUCUCUACAAUAGCAAAGGGGAUAAAAUUACUGAUGAUGAAGGUAUUGUGCAGGAGCUUACAUCAUAUUAUAAAAAUCUGAUGGGCAAGGCAAUUAACACUCUCCCUCCUGACAUCAACAUUAUCAAAUCAGGUCCAUGUCUGAAUGAUGCACAAAUCAAUGAACUGUUGAAACCUGUUUCAAAGGAUGAAAUAAAAGCAGCUGUUUUUUCAAUUCCUGAGGAUAAAGCUCCAGGGCCUGAUGGAUACAAUAUGUCUUUCUUUAAGACUGCCUGGCCUAUAAUUGGGGAUGAGGUUACCUUAGCUAUCAAGGAAUUUUUCAGGACAGGUAAAUUGUAG